UUCCAAGUUUGCCAUGGUGCAACCAUAAAUCUAUCCCAUAGGGCAGACAACUACAGAGACUUGACCCUAAAUUACCUAACUAAGCAAACUAUUCUACUUUCUGACUGACCUUGCUGGCAGGACACACUUUACUGUCCAGCAGCUGAGCUAAACAUUAUGUACAUCUGAGAUGACAUUUACCUCAAGGAAACUUGCCAGACAUACUCACAGAUAUAAAUACUGCAACCUUUUCCUUAUUAUUUCAAGAAUACAAAGGUAUUUUAUUAUACAAAUAGACAAACUGAAUGGAAUUCAAAGCAGAGGAGCCUUUUCUUCUUCAAAGAAUCUUUUUCAGAGAUGGAAGGGAGAGAGAAGCAUGCAUGGUUUGCCUGAGUAAGGUUUGUCCUCUCAUUCCUCCUCUGCACCAUCUGUGCAUGCACAGACUGCACAGGCUGUGAGAAUGCAGGAGAAUGAGCAGAAAGUUGCCUCAUUGUUACCCUGCAGUAUCCACCACAAGGAAUCUCCUGGCUCUGACAUAGUUGCUAUACCCAGGGUCACUUUUACACCCACUUGAAGCUUACACUACUACUGAGGUGGUGCACUGGAAACUGGUGUAGUGUAAAAACCACCUCUGUGCUGGUUACGUUAUGUGGGAGCUAUUGCUGAGCUCUGUAAGCACCCAGAUUGUCACAACAGAAAUAUGAAGUUCUCCAUCUACAAUCCACCCUCCCACCUGCACUGUGUGGAAUCUCAGGGGGACAAAAUAAUAGUUUCCAAACUGUUGAAAGAGAUAAAUUCAAAGCUGAAAAGAAAUCUCUAAGAAAGAGAAGCAACCAUUAGAAGUUGCGAAAGCAGCAGGAGAAUAUUUAUAAGAGGAAUUAUUAGGCUAGGUAAAGUGAGAUAUAGGGAAAAUCUGGGGCAGAAGGACCUCAGUCAGUGAAAUUUAAAGCCAAACCAGUGAAAGCCCUCAACAGAGCAGCUUCUCAAACAGCUGGGAUACUCUCUACUGCUCCUGACAGAGGAAAGUAAAACCUUUGUCUCACAUUCUUUAAUCUGCCACUUGCUUUCUUCAACAGAGUCCAUUUUUCCCCUUUACUACUCCAGGUGCUAUUAAUGAAUUUCUUCCAACAGAUGAGUAGCUGACUGGAGUAUAUUGAUCUUCUCUUGCUUCUUGGCUGGGCAAACUGGCUUCUGGGAAAUGCUGCUCUUCAGGGCCUUUCCUUAGCAGUAUGGGCACUACUUCUGAUUUCCUCAGGGCUUCUCAGGCACGGAGGUGAUCAGGUCCAGGGACCAACACCCAUGAACACAGCUAAAGUGCUUAGAACCUGGAACCUUUUGCCUCAGAGCUCCCACUGACCUGUAACUGCUUGAGCUGGAAGGCCAAGCUGGCAGCUGGAGCAGGGAGAAGGGCUCUUAUAUUCUGUGGAGGCAGAGUGUUUCUUCUAUUGUCCAAAUAGCACUCUUACACACCCUGUAAAGAUUUCUGUAUGAAGGGUGCAGAAUAUCGAGCUAUAAUGGGUUAUGAUUAUUUGAUGUGACUGCAUCAGAAAAUAGUUUAUUGUUGUGUAUGGGAUUAUGUAUGAAUAUUUGCAUCAAAAUCAGUUUUAUUUUUCUAAUACAGGCUACUGGUGAUUCAUACAUUAUUUUUCAGGGCCUGCAAAAGAUGACUUGGGAAAGGUAUAACUGCUGCAAAUUCCCCUUAAAUUUACUGCACAGUCGUCUGAUUUCUCAUUAGAAAACCUAUAGAAGUGUCCAUUCUGAAAAAAAAAAUUAAAAAACCACAAAGCCAGAAAUCACCUAACCUACUUAGUAAAUGAGUUCUGUUUAGGAAGAACAGGAUGGAAAAAGUAAUAGCUGAGUAGAAAAUAAACAGUGACCUAGAACCUAUCAUGUCUUUGAUGGGAGAAUGUAGUACCUUAGCAGAUUUCACCCCCAUAAAAAUGCUGGGAUUUUUUGCUAGAUCUAGGAACUAACACAUCACAGCAUAUAAAGAGUUAAGUGACCUAAAUGUGCUUCUAGCUUCACUAGAAGCAGAAGUGAUGAAGAAAGAGAGAAAGCUUCAAACAAGACUUGAAGAUUCCUCCCCUUUUAGGCACAAAGAGAGAAAUACUUGAUGAGUUAGGGACCAGGACUAACUGGUGAGACCCAAAAGCAGAACUGCUCAAGCAAUGGCUCCAGUCCAGCUGCAAGGCAAACCAAUUCUGAUCAGGCUUUGCCAAAAUGCUGUGCAAAAUAAACUAAUAAAAGGUGGUUAGCUGCAAAGAGGUGCUGGGACUGGGAACUAGGAGAGCUCCCUCCUCUUCAUUCCCACAUACACAUCCAGGGUGGGAGGUGAUCUCAUCAGAAAUUGUGUAACUCUGCCCAUAGACUUCAAGGCAGGGACUGUAGGUGAUCUGCUCCUGAGAUGCAGCACUUUACAGUCUUAGGGUCCAUUCUGAGGCUUUAAGAAAAUUGGCCUUUGGUAACAAGGGGCCUUGUUACCAUCAUCUGCCUUGUUGUGGCUGAGGGAUUCACAGUCAGCAGGAGGGGAAGAACCUCUUGGCCCUGUGUGAGAGUAGAGAUGCAUGAUUCUGUACUGGUUUACAUGGAUGGUUAAAGGGCCUGAUGGCAAGACUCAGAGGAUACUCAGUGGGGCCACAGGAGGUAAAAGUGUGUGUAAAUCAGGAAUCAGAGCAACCCACAGGCAAAAAAACAAGACUGUGGGAACAUAGGUUCCCUGGAAAUAUUCAUUACUUAAAUUCUCUUCUUAAUUUGACUCACAGAGAGAUAAGGACAGUUCAAAACACCUCUGAGCUGUUUUUGAGACUCUGCCUGCAUUAUGGUAUUGAAAUUUGGCCUUGGAUUACAAAGCAGUUAGAAUGUAUUUCCACUCCUACUCCUGAAAAAUCUAGUGCUGUGAUUUGGUGGAAACCAUAAUACCUUGUAUUGGAUUUGCUUCUUAAUAUUUAAUACUCACUUUUUUAUACACAGUCUAGAACACAGAAAUAAUUGGUAUCAGUAAUACUGGAAUCUUACUACUAAGAUAGAAAACAAACAAAAGGAGCAACAGAAAGUGUCCUUUUGCUGUAAGUUUUGUAGUCAGUUGCUGCUAUUCCUUCUGUGAUGCACAUGAAAGCUGUUUCACCCCUUGCUGGCUUUCCUGGAAAUGUAAUGCUGUCCUUAGCUUCACAGCUGAGUAAAGUUUUGGUUCCUCCCCUGCACCUGAUAUCAGAGCUGGUGCUUAGCAGGGCAGGGCAUUAACCAGAGAAAAGGGAUCAAAAGGAGACAGCAUCAGUUCAAGCAGGACAAUAUGGAGACAGAAAGUUGAAAAACAGAGCUCUGCCAUGUCCUGUCUGCCCUGAGAGAAGGGAUGUCUGCUCUGGUCCAGACAUCCCACACUGCAGCAGUGUCAGCACUCUUUUGGUAUAAACAGGGAGCCAAGUCUGCUGGUAUCAACAAGCCAGUGAUUUUAGGCUCCUGCAACAUCAGAGGGAACUGCCUUUGGUAGAGUGGAGUGGAAAUGAGGGCAGAGUCGGGCACAACACAGAGCCUGCCUUGGCUGGAAGCAGAAAGCAGACCUUCAGCAAUUCAUUCAAGCUACACAGAACAACCCUUCAGCGCAGCCUAUUGCAAAGGCACGGCACUCUCUGCAGAAAUGACACUGGGCAUGCCUGCCAGCAGCCUUGAGGAGGAUACUCUCCCAUUUACCAAGGCACUGCAUCAUCUUCCAGGCUGACCCGAGUUGCUGCCAGGAUUUACAGAGACACGGGGAAGCAUCAAAUCCUCCGGGCAGAGGCAGCGGAGCGCGCAGCCUGCCGCCGGCUGCUGUAGCGUGUCCCCGGGAGCCGGGGACAGGAGGGCACGCACACGGACACGGACACACACACGGACACACGGACACGGACACACACACGGACACGGACACGGACACACGGACACGGACACGGACACACACACGGACACGGAGACGCGCGGUGCGUGCGCGCAGCCCGCCGAGGUAAGUCCAGCCCCCAGCAUCCAGCGGGGCCAUCCUUCUGCUGCUGGAUUUUUCCAGCCGGAGCAUCCUGCCGGCUCUGCCGUGAUUUAUGGAAAGCGGUUUCUGACGCGGGGCUUUUUCUAUUACGACACGGACCCACGGACUGGAGGAGGCAAAGCUGCAGUCAGGGCAGAAGUGAGGGAGGGGAAGAGGCGGGAGCACAGGGACACGGAGGAGUGGAGAGGACAGAGGGAGAAACAGGAACCGAGACACUUCAGAGAUGGGUGAGUUAUAACUGAGGGAGCAGGAGGAAAGGCAGAGAAAGGAAGAGAAGGAGAGCCGUGAGGAAGAGAAAGGGAAAGGAGAUCAGAGACUGAGUCAGCCUCCAGAGGGCAAACACCAGGAGACGAGUUCAGGGAACACCCCAGCACACCAAGAAGGACCUGUUCUGUCUGAAUCUUCACCAUGAGCACAAGGAAGAGUUGCCCCCCGGCACUGGGGCAAGGAGAUCAGGAGGAGAAUCAAAGCGAGGGUGCUCCCGACCUGGAGCGACAGGAGUGUGAGAUGGAGCUGAGGAACAAAGCUAUUCUGCAACAGAAGAGGCGCCUCAAACAGGCCACCCAGUUCGUGCACAAGGACUCUGCUGAUCUGCUGCCCCUGGAUGGCUUGACAAGGCUUGGCACCUCCAAGGAUCUGCAGCCUCACAGCGUGGUCCAGCGGCGCCUCUUGGAAGGCAACCUGAACAAGCUGCGGGGCGAGGCCAGGGGUCUGUCUGCACGGGUUCAAUCUCCGCUGGCAAAGGACCAGGAUGAAAAGAUGGAAAAGGGAGAGGACAGGAGAAAAGAGGCUUCACCCCUGCUAAUACAGUGCCAGUGCCAAGGUCAGGUAUUGAAAGCAACUGUUAACACUGGGUGUCUACCAAACCUCAUCUCCAAGAGGUGUUUAAACCAGCUGGGGCUGGAAGAAGUGUCUGCCAUGGACUGUGGAGACCUCUCUCCUCCCAUCCCCAGCGUUGUUGGCCGAGUAGAACAUUUGGAGUUGCAAUUUGGCCAGGAGACAGUGCUGUGCUCAGCGCUGGUUGUAGAUGAUGAAAUGCUGGAGUUUUGCAUUGGCCUCCAGACUCUGUUGUCUCUUAAGUGUUGCAUCGACUUGGAGGAAGGAGUGCUGAGAUUUAAAGCACUGAGUGAGGAGCUGCCUUUUCUACAUGCCUCUGAAGAGCCUGGUCAGUGACUGGCUGCAUUCCCCAUGUCUGGAGACUUGCUGCCAUGAGAGAGAGAUGAGGGUGAGGCUCCCAUGCCCCAAACCUUGCUGAGUUCUAGGCUGAGGCAUUCAAUGGGGAGUGAGAAAAAGGCAAGUGGGUGCUGGAAGCUGUCACUGGGAGUGCCUCAACUUGAGAUAUCCCUCCUUUCAGUGGACCCUCUUGCUUGUCCUGAUGUGCCGAGUGGGCAUUUUGUUCUUGUUCUGCUAUUUGGCCCUAGUCACUCCAAUUUCUGGUUCUGUAAUAAAUUUAUGCUACCCCUUUAAUGACUUUACAACACACUGUUCACAAGAGAGUCUCUGUGAACAAUCUCCAGUUGUUCUGUUGACAGGAGAACAGCGUUUUCUUCAAAGGCCUCCAAAGAUUACCACAAAUGUUUCCCUUCUCAUUGCCAGCGUACACCAGUCCUGUUUCUUUGUCAGAAGAGCUCUGUUCCCUUUGUCUGUACUCUGGGAAGCUGGAUUUUGCUGCUUUUUGCUGGCUCAGAGCAGAACAGAAGCAUUUUCUUGGGAAAACUGUGGCAAAAACAGUUUUAGAGCUCUCAGUUCUAAGAAACCUUCACAGAAAUGUUGAGUGCAGACACCUAAAGGACUGACAGGGGCUUGGGCUUUGCCAUUGCAUCUCUGGGCACUGAGCUAUAUUAUAUGAAUGGCAAUGCUUACCAUCUCUUGGUGUACACCCUGUAACCAGACCUGCACACCCUGCUCUUCUGGCCAGGCCACUCCUCUCUGCACUCCAGCCGCUAGAGCUGCAUCCCCGUUCCCUCUGCUGCUUCAUCAGAGAUCCUGCCACUCAGUUUAAAUGCUGAGAUGAAUUACAGCACCAAGUCUUCUGCUCUGUCAGCUCCCUUCUUCCAACUUGAAAUCCAGUGAUUAAACACAGACACAUCAUCAGCCUUGAGUCCUGGCAUCACACAGUCCAUCAACUUUGCUUCUCUUGCACCAAAUGAGAAUUUGUAGCAUCAGCUCUGGUUAGUGAGCUGUGAACUCAUCUGGAAUGUUAAAGGUGAUUAUUAAGUCACUUAACAAUUGGGUUUAUUUGAUUUCUUUAAUUUCUUUUUCAUUUCCAUACUAAAGCAUAGCUAUAUUAAAAACACAAAAUCUAUUCUUAACUAGUUCUAGGAAAAAUGCACCGGAUCAGGGCUUGUUCCAUGCCUCAUGGCUACUGAUUCACUGUCCAAACUGCAAAAUAUACCUUUAUCCACCUUUAAAAGGCAAUGACAACCCCAUUUGGCCUAUUUUCCUGGAUUAAACACUGCUGACUCUCUUCCUUUUUUAUCAAACUGGUCAUUGUCCCUGUUGUGCUUCUCAAAAAACGUCUGUAUGCAUUUUUACUUUUUUUUGUUAGUUCUUUUCUCUACUAGUUUAACACAUGCUAUGGACAUCAGAGUAAAGCCUGGCUGAUAUGAUUUGGGAUUCACUUACGAGUGAUGGUUGGCGUGACUGGCAUCUGCUGCUCCCACAAGGAGCAGCACACUUUUACUGUUAGUCAUCAUAUCUUGCAGCUUCUGAUACAUUCCUUGACAUCUCUGCCACUCUUCUACUUGUGCAUCUGACUAUUUCUGGCUGCAUGAACUGCUUUCCAUGAAUCUCUCGAGUGACACCAAUGGUUCUUUCAUUCAGUCAGGAAAGCAUGCCUGCUCCAUGAGCCUGUCUUCCAAAGCAGCAGUAAUUCCUCCUGGAUUUGUAUCACUUGCAUGCCUGACUGGCUUCUCAAAUCCCUAUCAAGGGGUCUAGACAGCUCACACUUGUACUAAACCAUCUUGUAUUCUAGCUGCAUGUGGUGCCUGGGCCAAUUCUGCUGACAAAAUCUUGCUUGUGAUAGGCAAAACACCUGUUGCUAUAUGCAUCAACUCACCCAGUUUCCAAAUCCCACUGCCCUCUAAAAACAGCAUGUAGAACAAGGGCAAAUAGUCCAUACAUACAGAUACCAUGUCCACUACAUAUCUUAUUAAUUUCUAUGAUCUAUUAAAAAAACCCUCUAAGUCACAACCCAAAAGCUGACUUUAGCCCUAACCCAAACAAUAAACUCUAACAAUGACACUAAAUCUAAGAUGUAAGGCACUAAAUCCUAAUCCUAAAUUCAACUCCUAAAACAAACUCUAAAAUUUAAUGCUAAUUUUAACACCCAAAUCAAAUCUCCACCUCCGAACUAUAAAA